AUGUACGGAAUUGUGCCUUUGGUUCUACUGUGUCUUAUUGCUUUUGGGGAGGCUGGGCCAUGGUCAGAUGAAUUUACCGACGAUGAAAAUGCGAUGGCCUUCGAAGUUGAUAAUGAUAUGGAUACACUAGAAGCCGGCUACAAAACCAUUAAAGUCGUCAAGGCAAGAGACAAUGAUGAUGGAGACUAUUGGGGAGGCGGCCCAAAAUGGAAGCCAUUCCAACCGCCUCCCGCCGAUGAGGAAGGAGAUGAUGAGUUUGAAUUUGUCACUAGUGCGCCAAGACGUCACCAUAAGUUCCAUGGAAAGGCCUCCAGAAGACUCGCUAAAAAGCACAAGCCCAAGAAGCAUAUCGUCGAAGAAGAAGAGGAAGAUGACAGAUGGAACGAAGGGGAAACUGAUCUGCAGACCACUUCUGUUGUACCGGAAACCACUGAAACCGCAGAAAGCCGAGAAGCCACCGAAGCCCCAAUUACCACCACCAUCGCCCACAAACGCAAAGCCAAAAAAUCACAUAAGAAAUCUGAGAAGCCCGUCAAAAAAGCCAAGAAACCGGCAAAUAUUGUGGGAGAUUGGACUGAUGAGGAAUCGGGCAACCUUCACGGUUUGACCGCCGUUGAUGAAGCCGAUGGAGAUGAAAAGGAUAACAAGAGCACACCCGAGCCAAUUGAAGAAGGAUCAGGGCAAGAACCGGAUGCGAAGCGCGAAGUCAAGAUA